AUGUCUGUGACACUAAACACAGAUGUUGGUGAUAUUAAAACACAAGUCUUCUUUGAGCAGACACCCAAGUCAUGUGAAAAUUUCUUGUUUCUUUGUGCUAAAAUAGCAGUCAUUUCAUGGUUCCAACAGGAGAGAGAUCUAAUAGGUUCUGGGAAAGGAGGCAACAGCAUCAGGGGCAGGAAAUUUGAAUAUGAAUACAGGAACUACCUUACAGGAGGAGUUACAACCAUAGCUAAUCAUGACCCAAAUACCAAUGGAUCACAGUUCUUCAUUACUUAUGGCAAGCAGCUUCAUUUGGAUACAAAGUACGCAGUGUUUGAAAAGGUAGUAGAUGAUCUAGAGGCUUUGGAUGAACUACAGAAGAUCCCAGUAAAUGAAAAAAAUAUUUUAGUCUCUUAA